AUGCUGUCUGCUCCAACCUUGAAAUCCAUAUGGGGGGUUAAAGGCCCUUCUUCUUCUUCUUCACCAAACCCACACACCCUCAGAACCAAAACCUCUCCAUUUUCUUUCUCUCCCCACCAAUAUGUAACAAUCAAGAAAACCCUCUCCAGAACUGCUUCUGGGCUUCAUCUCAGAGGCACCCUCACGUCCAAGACCAAGCCGUUCCACAAUGGGUAUUCUCAAUCUCAAUUUGUGUCAAAAAAUGGUUCUGAUAUGAGUUUGGGGAUGAUGAGUAUGAGCAUGGGAUUGAGUUGGAUGAGAGAUGCUGCAUUUGAUGAGAGAUGCUCUGCUCCGGUGAAUGCCAGUAGAAUCAGUGGCUGCGGUGGGGCUGGAGGCUAUAAUGGCAGUUAUGAUGGUCCUGGUGAGAAUGAGUGGGUUCAAAGUCUUGAUGAAUACUAUCAUAAAAUAAUCCAAGAUAAUCUUGACAAUCCCCUAUUCCUUGGAAACUAUGCCAAAUUCUUGAAAGAGGUGAAGGGUGAUUUUGUGAAAGCUGAGGAGUAUUGUGAAAGGGCAAUAUUGGCAAAUGCAGAUGAAGGGAAUAUCUUUGCCCUGUAUGCUGCUCUGAUCUGGUAUUUACACAAGGAUGCUGCUAGAGCCGAGUCAUAUUAUAUUCAAGCUGUGAAAGCUUCUCCAGAUGAUUGUGAUGUACUUGCUUCAUAUGCUCACUUUCUAUGGCAAACUGAAGAAGAAGACGAAGAAGAAGAGGAUCAGCAAAUACUCAGAUGAUAGUAUCAUCAUAUCAUCAGUUGUUUGCUAAUCAAGGAUUAGAUUAUUUUCCCUUACCUAUAUAGGCAUCUCUACAUAACUUUCUUUCUUCUGGUUGGUUCGUAUAUGCAUAAUAUACAGUAACUCCUUUUUCA